CUUCAUACGGCUCUGAGGCAGAAGUCAGACUUUGAAACGUUAAACAUUUAAACUCGGUCAAUAAGGAACUAAACUACCCGGAACUACACAAGGAAGAAUCGGAACACCAAAGUCAACUUUAAAACUUUUUUCUUUCCUUUCUUUCUUUCUUUCUUUCGAGCUUUAUCGUCAUUUUUUAUUUUUUUUUUUUUUUACAUAGAAACUAACCGGAACAAAGGACUCACUCCAAAGAACAGAAUAUUAUUUCUGUAACUUUGAGCUUGAGUAUUUCUGCCGUUGAACCUAUAUGUAUUUGGAUUUGACACUCAUAACCCGCUGUACUACUAUGGUGAUAAUGGAAGUUCCCACCAUCAACUGCGCGUCCCUGCGUUCUCUAAUGGAGGGCGACGUCCCGGGCUGCCUGGUGCUGGACUGCCGCUCUUUUCUCUCCUUCAACGCCUCUCACAUCUCCGGCUCCACCAAUGUGCGUUUUAGCACCAUAGUCCGGAGGAGGGCGAGGGGCGGGCUGGGGCUGGAGCACAUCGUGCCCAACGAGGACACCAGGAACCGGCUCCUGUCCGGGGAGUACCAGUCCGUGGUGCUGCUGGACGAACGGAGCACAGACCUGGGCCAGGCGAAGAAGGACUCGACGCUGAUUCUGGCUGUUAAUGCGCUCUGCCGCAGCCCCUGUGGGAUCAGCGUGUUUAUUCUCCAAGGUGGAUUUGACAGUUUUUCCUCUGAGUAUCCAGAAAUGUGCACCAAAGCUUCCCCUCCUCAAGGGCUCAGCUUAUCACUGAGUGCCAGAAAUCCAGAGAGUGCAGACCCAAACUGCAGUCCCUGCAACACACCUCUAUAUGAUCAGGGUGGUCCUGUGGAGAUCCUGCCGUUCCUGUAUCUUGGCAGUGCUUACCACGCUUCUAGAAAAGACAUGCUGGACAUGCUCGGGAUCACUGCCCUGAUCAACGUCUCCUCCAACUGUCCCAACCACUUCGAGGACUCCUUUCUGUACAAAAGCAUCCCGGUGGAGGACAACCACAAAGCCGACAUCAGCUCCUGGUUCAACGAGGCGAUAGAGUUUAUUGAUUCGGUGAGAAACAACGGCGGCCGCGUGUUCGUGCAUUGUCAGGCCGGCAUCUCCCGCUCCGCCACCAUCUGCCUCGCCUACCUCAUGCGCACCAACCGCGUGAAGCUGGACGAGGCCUUUGAGUUCGUCAAGCAGCGCCGCAGCAUCAUCUCCCCCAACUUCAGCUUCAUGGGUCAGCUCCUCCAGUUCGAGUCCCAGGUCCUGGCCUCCUCCACUUGCUCCUCGGAGGCAGGAAGCCCGGCAAUCAGCAAAAGCAGUACCGUGUUCAACUUCCCCGUCUCCAUCCCGGUUCACGCUUCGACCGGUCAGCUCGCCUUCCGCCACAGUCCCAUCACGACCUCCCCCAGCUGCUGACAGAGGUCCCGUCAAAAAAAAAUCAGACUUUGUUCGGACUCAAAACACCAAGUGACUCCGCAUGGAGCACUUCACAUAAUGCCUGAUCCAUUUGGUGAUGCUGGUGUCACCAGACAGAAUGGGUGCUGUAGCUUUGGGCCAGUUAACUUGACUCUGCUGGCCAAUCCUUCAUAGCUUGACCUCAUCGUUUCAGAGCGAGCUUUAACGACUACCAUCAGGCAGUAUUCACGCUUCGCGUCCUUAAUGUGAAAACCAUCCCCAGUCGGGAGACGCUAAAGAAGAAGAAGUCCCGAGAGCUCCUUCUUUAAAAGACUGAUUUCCUAUUUUGAUGAAGACAACUGCUUUUGAUAAUCACAAUCAUUUUUAAACAAAACUGAGAGGGCUAUCAGUUAUCUCAGGAAAGCUUUUUUUAAAACCUCUCGAAUCUUUUCACUUGCUAAAGAGGCAACGCAAACCCAUUGCACAGCAAGGCAAAUGAUUAGAAAUGAAUGUAACUCAUUCUAUUAGUAGGUGUGUCAUAGAAUCUACCUGUUUGGUUUUGGAACAGGUUUAUAAUUAGAUUACAAAGCUUUUUCAUUUUGUGUUUUUCUUCUUUUUUUGUUUUUUUUGUUUGUUUAUUGCCUUCCUCGAUAUCACUGACGAUCACGACGUGUUGGGUAAACCGACUUUGAAAUACCUCAUGUUUUUUGUACUGUGUACUGCAGCGCUGCGACGGAACCCCAAAAACUACUAAAACUGGGGGGACCAAUUGGUCUGUUGGACCGUGUUUUGACAUAUUUAUUAACUAAAUUAAUAUAUUUCUUUAUAACAGCUAUUUUUACAAAUGUUUGUCAAAGAGUUUUUUAUAUAUGUUCAAUAAACCUCAUUGAGUUUUUGUACUCUGUUGAA